AAGUUAAAGCACAGUGAGUGAUUCAUUAUAGAUUUUGGAAACAAUAAAACAUUAAAUUCCUGUCUACUAAACGGAUAAGUGUUAAGAUUUUGGAUUUGUGUAUCACGUAUUAUUAAAAUGGGUGAAGCGUGCCAAGCCUGCCUGACGAGGGUACCUCAUGCGACGUUAAUUGCAACAAUAAUGUGUUGUUUGGGCGUGGGGGUGUUUUGUGGCACAAUGUAUCGUGGAUCUUCUAUAUCAAUCCGCAUGUUUGACGAUAUAUUCCACUUCCGAUUAAUAUGGGUUGAAGCUCUGCAAAUGAUUUUCAUAGUAGGAAGCGCAUGCAUGGCAGCACUAGGAUUCAUGCUCUUGUGCUUAGGAUGCCUCACCACUGGAGCGACCAGACAGAGGGUCUACAGGGCAUGGAGAGCCAGAGUCGGCGGAAGAAUAUCCUGUGCUGUGUUUAUGGUCAUCACGUAUAUUUUGACUUUCGUUUGGAUAAUAUUGCUGGGAUUCUUAGUGAUAACAACAUUUUUAUUCACAAUCUUCUGGAAACUUUGCUCAAAACCGAAAAAUAUUGAUUUAUCCACAUGCAUCGAUUUUACACAAUUUGAUUUCAUGUUUCCCUCAGUGGUCAAACAAGAGGACAUGAAAAUAUGUGGAUCACACAAAGUGAAGCUGUUUUGCAAAGAUUAUGUUGAGAAAGCUGAUUUUCUGUUCAUAUUGGCAAUGGUUUCUUGCAUACUGGUUAUUUUGAGUUUAGUUCACUACCUUAUGUGCCUAUCAGCCAACUAUGCGCACAUCAGAGAUCAUGACAAGUUUCAGGAGUUGCAGGAGCUGCAGUACCUCGCUAACAAUGAUAUGCAUUCAUCCAAAGACCGAUUCUAGUAUAUGGCCCGUGCGCCGCUGCUGCGCUCCCUUGAAGCCACUACUAAAAUGUGACAAAGUUCAAGUAGCUGCACUGAUUGACCAUAAAGUGUUCGCAGACAAAAUUUGAUUGUAUUAAAGACUGAUGUCCAGUGAAAUAUUCAUACCUAUGAAUAUAAUGAUUGGACUAUGCAUUUACAUAUCUUAAUUCCAUUUCUUCUAGUUUACUAUGUUAGUGACAGUUAAAAUAUUGGUUGUUGAUUGGCAUUUUUUUCCAUUAAUACUUUGAAUAGUGGUAUACUUAUUUGAAUAAUCUUACUUCCAUGGUACAUUCCUUUGACAUGUUAUUUAUAGUAGGUAGUGUAUUAACUAUUUUUAAACUGCACCAAUACCAGAAACAAGUUUUUUACAAAAAAAUCAUUUUGGCCUCAAGCUUUUAUUGUCGUCAGAGAUAUCUUGUGGAAUUUAACGCCUGAAAAAACCCAUGUCUGUAUUGUAACCUGUAGAGGAGUUCCCUCGUUCAUCAGGUCAUCAACUUAAAGUAGGAGAAAUCUAACUUGCAAGAUUUGAUUACAGACAGACAAGCAAACACCAGUGCAGGUGAAACAAAAUAAACCCUAUUUUCUUAAAAUGGUAUACUAUUUGUAUUACCAACCCUUUCAUGGACACUAAAUAAGACACAAAAGUUUGAUUGUUUAUAACAUCUGUUAAUGAAGUGUCCUGCAAAGAGUUAAUGUAGUUUAAAUGAGCAUGUAUGUUAAGGUGCUCUAUAAAUUAUGUUUUCUGUUUUAAGCUGUUAUACUAUUUCACAUUUAUAAAGUAAAUAAUGCUGUGUAGUAUGUUUAGUUUAUAUAUAUUUAAUUAGUAAAAUUUUAAAAGCAUAACUUUUCUGUGGCAGAAACUUGUAACUAUAAGUUUUCUUAUGAAAUCUUUUGAAAUCACAUGACUGUGCAUUUCUUACUUAUAAUUUCAUAUUCAGUAUUAAACUAUUUAUAUAGAUUUAAUCCUAUACUGCACUGAACAAUGAAUAGUAGUUAUAGUACUAAGGCCGAUACUAAACGAAAUAAAUUUUGUACCUAUGUAAAUCAUUAGAAUUUGUGUGAAUGUGAAUGUUAGAAAACAUUAUACACAUCCCACCCUAUAUUUAUAAUCUGUAAAAGGUGACUUAAGUUAUAAGCACUAAUUGUAAUUACUUUAAGAUCAUUGUAACACUUGGUUGGCGAAUAAAUAAUAUGAAUAUGAAUCAAUAUGUUGAUUAUGAAAAUGAAAUUAUUUUUUUUAAAUAAUAUUGUUAGAUAAUAGUUGACAUGGUAUUCUACACAUAAACACAGAUUACAAAAAUAUUGUUAUAAUAUAAAAGUUAGAUUUUCUACUGGUCACAUUUAUAAUAAUAUUAAUUAUGAACACAUAAUUUGAUACCACCUUAUUUUAUAUCUGUGUUUUUAGGUUUAAGAUGAUAGGUAUUAUUAAAGUAGCAAUUAAGCACGUUAGAAAUAAAAUCUUGAUGUAGCUGGUAGACUUUUUAAUCCUCCCAUUGGAAUAUACUAAUAUAUUUUAAAGUAAAUACAAAUAUUUGACAAAUAAGAGCCUCUUUGUAUGUCUUUUGCAAUAUAACUUAUCAUAUUUAUAUCACUAUAUUGCAUUUAAAUGAUAGUUAUACUUUGUACUGCUUAGUAUAAGUUUUGUAAUUGAAUACAUUUAUUUCAAUUUUA